AUGCCCGAGAUCCGUGAUCGUUACCGAGUCAUUCAAGAGCUGAGCUCUACGCUCUACGGUUGGGUCUUCGUCUGCGAAGACAUGGGCAACUUCGCACCAGCAGCCGCCUCCAUCUCGUCCGUCGUCAUCAAGCAGGUCUCCCUCGAGCGCAUGGCCAACAUCAGUCUGGCUAACCCGACCGACGACCGUCUCCCUGACAACCCCAUCGUCGAGAAAGAGGUGGGCGACCUCGUUCGCUCUGCUGGUGGUCACCCCAACCUCGUGCAGUAUCAAGACUCGUUCGUGGAGCUCCAGACGCUCUUCCUCGUGAUGGAACACUGUGCUGAUGGCGACUUGCACGGCUACCUCAGUAGUCGUCCACAGCCCCGAAUGAGCUGCGUGAGUGCUCUGAGUGUGCUGUCACAAGUCGCAUCGGGGCUGGCGUUCUUGCACGGACUCGGCAUCGCCCACCGAGACAUUUCUCUCGAGAAUAUCAUGCUCCAUCACGGACGCUGCAAGCUUGGAGACUUUGGUCUGGCUACGCGGUCUCGACAAGCUGGCGGUCAACUGGUAGGAAAGAACUACUACAUGGCUCCUGAGAUCGUCGCGGGCGGCGUGUACGACUCCAAGAGAGCGGAUGUCUGGUCCCUCGGGAUCGUCUUCUUCGUUUUGGUCACAGGAUCUCCGCUUGUACCAAUGGCUUCCACGUCGGUGAAGUCGUUUCGAGUGAUUAAACGGACGGGGGUCAUCCCGGUGCUGCGGUCAUGGGGGAUGGAGGCCUCGAUGCCAACGAGCGCGCUUCAAUUGCUGUCGGGGAUGCUGGAAAUCGAUCCACGGAAGCGCCUGACCAUAGCACAAGUUCUGGAACAUGAGGCGUUGACUCGGUACCUGGGAGUAUAG